AUGAGGUUAGCAAUCGGAUCGGAACAAUCAACUGCUCAGGAGUUAAGGUCGUUUUCAGAUUGGAUACUUCAAAUCGGUGAAGGUCGAUGUGGAACAGUGGUCAAUGAUAAACUUUUUGUUGAUAUUCCUUCUGAUCUAAUCAUUCAUGUCUUGGAAAAUCCAGUGGAAGAUAUUGUAAAUACAAUUUAUCCGAAUUUGGUUCAGAAUUUUCGUGAUCCAAGUUUUUUCCAAGAUAGGGCAAUACUCGCUCCGACUGUCGACAAUGUUGAAGAGAUAAACAAUUAUAUAGUUGACUUGUUGCCCGGUGAGGAGAAAAAUUAUCUCAGUGCUGAUUCGAUAUGUGGUAGUGAUGCCUAUUCUGAUGUUGAUGUUGAUUGGAUAACUAUUGAAUUCUUGAAUCAGAUUAGGUGUUCUGGUCUACCUAAUCAUUCGUUGAAGUUGAAAAUAGGCGUGCCUAUUAUUUUGUUGAGGAAUAUUGAUCCGGCUGGGGGUUUGUGUAAUGGGACUCGACUUGUUGUGCGAGAUCUAGGGACAAAUGUGAUCGGUGCUGAUAUUGUUUCUGGUAGCAAUGUUGGGGAUAAAGUUUUUAUCACCAGAAUGAAUAUGAUUCCAGUGAUACGGUUAUACCGUUUAAAUUCCAACGCCGUCAAUUUCCGGUUUCUCUGUCGUUUGCGAUGA